GCGACGUCCCUGUUACUAUAGCAACGGCCCUAAACUUUUCAGCUAGUCUUACUCGCUCUGUCGGCAGUUUACCUGUAAAAUGUCAAGCCCGCUUUCUCUUCGAAUUAGAUUCGGAAGCUCACAGGACAGGAGAAUUUACCCAGGAAAUUUUGCACUCGACCGAUUAGGAAACCAUUUGAAAAGAUAUGAAGCUCGGAAACCGCCGCAUCUCGGACCGGGCUGCUAUGACAACGAUGAGUUUCGCUCCAUUCUUUACAAUCUAGGAAAAAAACCUGAGAGUUACAAGGGAUAUGCUCUCUCUGCCCGGACUGGCACUCGUUUCCCUCCUUUUAAGUUGACUCGGCCAUCCCCUCAGCAGUUCCAGAGAGACCAGAGCAAAUCCAGAGUUCCUUUUCAUGGUAGAGCUCCGUUCGGUUCUUAUGAAUAUAAAUUCAAACUGCCAAAAACCACCGCCGAAGACAGCCCAGGCCCCGGGACGUACGAACACAUCACAAAAAGAAACAGGAAGGUGAUCUGGCCCAUGUGCUUCGGGAAACCGGACUGGUCCAAACUGCCGCAGCUGGACAAGCAGGCUGUCAAAGUGACGGUACCCGCCGACUACGAGUUUGUUAGGCACAGAGGCAGACUGGCCUAUCUGAGUUUGUACUUUUAACUCUACAGCUGAAGCAUGAAAUCACAUCACAACAUGGACGCCGCGAGGAGUCGCCUGAAGCUGCAGAAAUCCUCACCGAGCAGAUACUGUAAGAGUUAAUAAAAAAAACAAACUUGC